UCUUUUCUUCUUUUUUGUUUCUUAUCCUUUAUUGAAAGAAGUGCGCCGUGAUAAUUUAAUUCGAAUGGAGGAAAAGAAUCGUGUGAUUGUAUAACUGUGUUAGUGGCUCGGAGAUCAAUAAUGGUCCAACACAGCAUCCCACCAGUAUGGCAGAGGGUGGAAAUAUAAAGUCGGGUAGAGUGCAAGAGAGAAAAACAGGGGUGUGGGAAACUGGGAAGCCCUUCUGCUAAUAUUAGAGGGAAGCCAGUACAAUUCUUCAUGUGACAAGGCAGUAGAUAGCGACCAAUGUCUGUGAAAUGUGCAAAUUUUGACGUGACGGGAUGCGUGGACUUUUUCGUGGAAUUAUCUACUGCAGUUUGUGGUAUGGGAGUAUUGUGGCGGGAUUUUUAUUCAUCGCUUGUCCCUUAUUGCCAUUGAUGUUCAUUAGUCCCCCAAAAUUCCGAAGGUAUGGAGAUCUUUUAUUUUCGUGCUGGGAACUUUAUCCUGCGGCUCUUAUGGAAUUAUUAGGAAUGAAAAUUGUUGUCUCUGGCGAUCAUAUUUCUCCCGAUGAUUCGGCAAUUCUCGUCAUGAAUCAUCGUACACGAGUGGAUUGGAAUUUUCUAUGGGGUGCCAUGUAUCAAGCCUGUUUGCCCCACAUUGCUGCUCAUAAAUUGAAAUUCAUUCUUAAAGAUCCCAUUCGUCAUAUUCCUGGACCAGGUUGGAUAAUGCAGAUGAACAGCUUCUUGUACAUAACUCGCCGAUGGGAGGUGGAUCAAGGCCGCCUCUCGAGGUCUUUAGAUUAUCUAAUAGAUCUUCGUCGUCGCACACAGCUGCUGAUAUUUCCGGAGGGAACGGACCUGACACGAAGCAGUCGGGAAAAGUCGGAUAAAUAUGCCGCCGAGCACGGACUUCCCACCUACAAUUACACACUCCAUCCAAAAACCACUGGUUUCACGUAUUUAGCCCGUCAUCUUCAGAAAUCCAACUACCUCGACUCAGUAUACGAUUUAACGAUAGGCUAUCCGGACAGAAUACCACAAUCGGAAAUUGAUUUGGUCACGGGAAAAAUGCCCGAUGAGAUACAUUUUCAUGUGAAGAGAAUAGACAUUAGCGAUUUGCCCGAAAACGAGGUUCACUUACGCAAUUGGCUGGAGAAACGAUGGCUGCUGAAGGAGGAAAUUCUCAAACAAUUUGCCGAGAAGAAAUCAUUUUCCGAUGUUCCAUGGCCGAAACCAAGUCAAUUACCACUAAGGAUUGCUCUUGUUUUUUGGACUCUGCUCACUGGGUCCGCAAUUUUAUUAAUACUGACCUCAUCGUUUUUUCGAUUCUGGACAAUCCUACAUGUGCUGAUUUUCAUUUGCCUGUCUCUCUUCAGCUCAGGAUUCAGCGAACUCGAGAUGGGAUGGUACUGGCAUUGGAAACGUAAAUUUACUGAAGCAAGUCCCAAAGAAAUUAACAAUAAGACUUAAGAUAUAGAUAGAAAUAGAGUAUAAAAACAAGUAACGAAAAUGUGUUCCUCUUACCAUUCAAUAAGUUUUUCAAGAAAUAUUUUCAAAAUUUUCUCAACUGUUCGUUAUAGUUUCGUUAUUUACAAAAAAAUAUAAAAAAUACCAUUAUUAUUUGUGAAGCGAUCUGAAGAAAGGGACCUUAGAAGCAAAAAAUUAUAGGUUAUGUUUUCAAUUUUUUAAAUGAAAAUACAAAAAAAUAAUUAACUGUCAAUAUUAAUCAUUAAUGUUUGAGUCUUCAUUACAACUAAAAUAUUAAAGAAACACUGAUUUUAAUUUGCAAUAAGUAUAAAGAAACUUUUAAUUAACAAGAAAAUAACACUAACAUAACCUUAAAGUGUUUUGCUUCUAAGGUCCCUUUCUUCAG